GGGAGUCUUGCUAUGUUGCUCAGGCUGGUCUGGAACUCUUGAACUCAAUUAUUCCAUCUCAGCCUCCCAAAAUGCUGGGAUUACAGGCGCCAGCCGCUGUGCUGGGGCGCGUUAGGGGUGGGCUGGGUGCGGAGGCGCCGCGGAGGGGAACCCGGUGCUAACGGUGCUAACGGUGCUAACGCUGCCCGCUCCUCGCCCGCCCGCAGGUGCGCAGGAGGAUGGUGGCGCGGCCCUAGGCCCACGCUCCGCACCAUGACCUGCUGGCUGUGCGUCCUGAGCCUGCCCCUGCUCCUGCUGCCUGCGGCACCGCCCCCGGCUGGAGGCUGCCCGGCCCGCUGCGAGUGCACCGCGCAGACCCGCGCCGUGGCCUGCACGCGCCGCCGCCUGACCGCCGUGCCCGAAGGCAUCCCGGCCGAGACGCGCCUGCUGGAGCUCAGCCGCAACCGCAUCCGCUGCCUGAACCCGGGCGACCUGGCCGCGCUGCCCGCGCUGGAGGAGCUGGACCUGAGCGAGAACGCCAUCGCGCACGUGGAGCCCGGCGCCUUCGCCAACCUGCCGCGCCUGCGCGUCCUGCGUCUCCGUGGCAACCAGCUGAAGCUCAUCCCGCCCGGGGUCUUCACGCGCCUGGACAACCUCACGUUGCUGGACCUGAGCGAGAACAAGCUGGUCAUCCUGCUGGACUACACGUUCCAGGACCUGCACAGCCUGCGCCGGCUGGAGGUGGGUGACAACGACCUGGUGUUCAUCUCGCGCCGCGCCUUCGCGGGGCUGCUGGCCCUGGAGGAGCUGACCCUGGAGCGCUGCAACCUCACGGCUCUGUCCGGGGAGUCGCUGGGCCACCUGCGCGGCCUGGGCGCCCUGCGGCUGCGCCACCUGGCCAUCGCCGCCCUGGAGGACCAGAACUUCCGCAGGCUACCCGGGCUGCUGCACCUGGAGAUUGACAACUGGCCGCUGCUGGAGGAGGUGGCCGCGGGCAGCCUGCGGGGCCUGAACCUGACGUCGCUGUCGGUCACCCACACCAACAUCACUGCCGUGCCGGCCGCCGCGCUGCGGCACCAGGCGCACCUCACCUGCCUCAAUCUGUCGCACAACCCCAUCAGCACGGUGCCGCGGGGGUCGUUCCGGGACCUGGUCCGCCUGCGCGAGCUGCACCUGGCCGGGGCCCUGCUGGCCGUGGUGGAGCCUCAGGCCUUCCUGGGCCUGCGCCAGAUCCGCCUGCUCAACCUCUCCAACAACCUGCUCUCCACGUUGGAGGAGAGCACCUUCCACUCGGUGAACACGCUGGAGACGCUGCGCGUGGACGGGAACCCCCUGGCCUGCGACUGUCGCCUGCUGUGGAUCGUGCAGCGUCGCAAGACCCUCAACUUCGACGGGCGGCUGCCGGCCUGCGCCACCCCGGCCGAGGUGCGCGGCGACGCGCUGCGAAACCUGCCGGACUCCGUGCUGUUCGAGUACUUCGUGUGCCGCAAACCCAAGAUCCGGGAGCGGCGGCUGCAGCGCGUCACGGCCACCGCGGGCGAAGACGUCCGCUUCCUCUGCCGCGCCGAGGGCGAGCCGGCGCCCACGGUGGCCUGGGUGACCCCCCAGCACCGGCCAGUGACUGCCACCAGCGCAGGCCGGGCGCACGUGCUCCCCGGGGGGACGCUGGAGAUCCAGGACGCGCGGCCGCAGGACAGCGGCACCUACACGUGCGUGGCCAGCAACGCGGGCGGCAACGACACGUACUUCGCCACGCUGACCGUGCGCCCCGAGCCGGCCGCCAACCGGACCCCGGGCGAGGCCCACAACGAGACGCUGGCGGCCCUGCGCGCGCCGCUGGACCUCACCACCAUCCUGGUGUCCACCGCCAUGGGCUGCAUCACCUUCCUGGGCGUGGUCCUCUUCUGCUUCGUGCUGCUGUUCGUGUGGAGCCGCGGCCGCGGGCAGCACAAGAACAACUUCUCGGUGGAGUACUCCUUCCGCAAGGUGGAUGGGCCGGCCGCUGCGGCGGGCCAGGGCGGCGCGCGCAAGUUCAACAUGAAGAUGAUCUGAGGGGUCCCCAGGGGCGGGCCCUCCCCUCCCACCCCUCGCGGGCCGGCCGCUCGCGUGUCCACCUAUGCAUUUUCCGGAGGGGGCGGGGGCGGCUGCACGGCGGCUCCCCUGGCAGAACUUCCCCUUUUUUUGUAGACGCCCAACCGCAGGACUGUUUUUCAUCAGCAUGCGUCUUUUUGCAGUUUCUCAAGCGUUUUCUAAAGGUUUCAACCUGUCUUCCUGUCCCUGCUAUGGUGGCUGAGUUGGCGGUGGGGGUGCGGGCUGCAAGGUGGGGUGAUGGGCUCCCAUCUACCAACCUGGAAUGACUGGGGGUGCUGAGAGACCCCAAGAUCCUCAGGGCCCGCAAUUCACACCCAGGAGGCACAAGUCUGCUGCCCCCAAGCCCUGGGCUUCCGCUCCCCCAACCCUUUACACACAGAUCACACCAGGGAGACGGUGGACACCCAAGACCCACAAAGGGCCCUACAGCCCCAAGGGGAGCGUGCACAGAAAGUCUGCAUUGCUCACACCUGGGCCUCCUGCACCUCACACCCAGAGACACACUCACACCUGGAACCCAAUCACACAGGUGAAACACACCUCACACCCAGCCGACACUAAAACCAGACCCGGGGCGCCAGAGCUGACCACAGGGGCAGGCAGGGCUCUCAUGAGAGCAAAGUUCUCACCCGGGACAGGCACAGCUCACACUUGAGACACAGCUCACACCUGGGACACAGCUCACACCUGGGACAGGCACAGCUCACACCCAGGACACACAGCUUACACCUGGGACAGGCACAGCUCAUACCUGGGACACACAGCUCACACCUGGGACAGGUACAGCUCACACCCAGAACACACAGCUCACACCUGGGACACACAGCUCACAUCUGGGACACACAGCUCACACCCAGAACACACAGCUCACACCUGGGACACACUCAGUUCACACUGGAACACACAGCUCACACCUGGGAUGUACUCAGCUCACACCUGAGACAUAGUUCACACCUGGGACAGGCACAGCUCACACUGGAACACACAGCUCACACCCGGGACACACAGCUUACACCUGGGACAUGCUCAGCUCACACCUGAGACACAGCUCACACCUGGGACAGGCUCAGCUCACACCUGAGACACAGUUCACACCUGGGACAGGCACAGCUCACAGCCGGGACACACAGCUUACACCUGGGACAUGCUCAGCUCACACCCGAGACACAGCUCACACCUGGGACAGGCACAGCUCACACCCAGAACACACAGCUGACACCCAGGACACACUCAGCUCACACCCAGAACACAGAGCUCACACCUGGGACACACACAGCUCACCACACCUGAGACACACACCUCACACCCGGCUGACACUAAAACCAGGCCCUGGGCACCAGAGCUGACCACAGAGGCAGGCAGGGCUCUCGUGAGAGCACAGCUCACACCUGGGACAUGCUCAGUUCACACCUGAGACAGGCACAACUCACAACUGAGACACAACUCACACCUGGGACACACAGCCCACCCCAGCACCUGCUCAGUUGAGCAUCUCCCAGCCGACCUCAGGGCCUGGGCUCAGGUCUGCUGAGGACCCAGCACACACAGUGGUUACAGUCAGGGGCCCCACACCCUGUCUUCUGUCCUCCCCACAGCCCAGCAGGGCUGUCCGCAAGGAGGAGCCAUUGCCCCAGCCCUCCACCUCCCUCCGCUGCCACUUGCUUCUCAGAACAGUUGGCAAGAAACGGCCACCCCACAAGGGAGAGGUAGCCACCCUGGCCCCGGCCCAGGACCAUGGCUUCUGGGGUCCUGAGUGUCCCUCUAAAUGGGUAUACUGGAGGGACCUUUGCCUCUAGGUACGCAUUGACCCCUGAGCCAGCCUCAGACAAGCCCUGAGCGUGGCCCCAUCAUGCCCGGCCCUGCUGACUCAUGGCUCAGGUGGGGAACAAGACCAAAGAGCGCAGGGGGUUCCCGGGGGGUCCCUGCUAUGUGCAUUGCAGAGGCAGUGACAAGAACAAGGCUGGAACAAGGGCUUCACCCUGCAGGACGGCCUGGACCCGGGUCCUUGGAAGAAGGUGAUGGAAGAACUUUGGUCUCUGCACCUGCAGUGGUCGGGCAGAUCUAGGACCAAAGCUGGGGUCACAGGCCGACUGCAGCUCAGGUCAAGGAAAAGCUUCCCCGAAGUCACCGCCCUGUUGCUCUGCAGAUGGUGAGCUCCCCGUCACGGGGGGUAAACAAGCAGGAACUGAGGUUUUGCAGAAGGAUUCAGACACUAGACAGGGACCAUAGGGACCAUCUGUGACCUGGCCUCCUCAUAGCCAAUUUUUGCCCCUCCCCCUCCACAUCCUCCAGAGGACAGUUAGGACAUUGCUGGGGGCAGGGACAGGAACCAUUGUUGGGCCAAAACCUCAGUCAGAAAGGGCUUGGCUGCCCACCGAGAGGUUAGGACAGACCCUCCAGGACUUUGCAGGAAGGGCUCAAGAGCAGCUCUGCUGCUGCCCAGCUGAUCGAUCUCAGCUGGUGACCGAAGAUCACCUAGACCAUCAGUGUCCUCAUCUGUAAAAUGGGUCUGAGGGUCAAACCUAUUACCCUGUAUUCAGAGGCCGGCCUGCAGAUGGGCCUGAUGGCUUGACUUGGAUCCUGGAUCCCUCAAGACUGCUCUGAGAUCACUCAGAGAGAAAUAGAGAGAAAGCCGGCUCAGCCUUGGAGGGUUUGAGCAAAGGUUUCAGACAGAGCUGCAAGGCGACGCCGGCCCAUUCUCCCUGAGCUGUGGCCGGAGGGCCCAGGCCUGCACCACGGUGUACAGAUGGUCCAGGGGGCUCAACAUGAGUGAGGGUGAAGUUCCUGUAACCCCAACCGCCACCCCUGAAUUGGGCACAACCAAUUAUUUUCUUCGCACCUGCCUGACUCUGCUUACCAUGACAACCCCAAGGGCCUCCCCAAAAUUGAUAUCCAAGUGCCUUUAGCCUAUCAAAGACAGGAGGGGGUGCAUUCUCGGUCAUGUUAGGGUUCACAGAGCAUCCGUAUAUUAGGAUUUCCCAGCUCCCUGAGCUCCCCACCCCAUCCCAACAUGAACCAAGACCCCUCAGUCUCCCACCCCUCAUCCUGCUGUAUUUGGUUCAAAUCCAAUAAAAAUGGAACCGAUUUAAUAA